CUCUUGACAUGGGUGUGCGGGCCUGAUGGCGAUCUCUAUACGGCCGUACUUUGGUCUCCUCCGAGGCUCUGGCUGGUCCUAGGGGAAUAUAUCUCGACAUGGCGCCCUCUCCUUUGCGCGAGCAAUUCCUCGUUAUACCCGCACCAUGGCUUUCCCUCACACCGAUCUGCUCGAAAUGGAUCACAGCCUUGCUCCGCUGGAGAAGGCCGACUCGUUCCUCAAGGUCGCCCGCGAACACCCAGACUACACGCAAUGGGACAAGGCAGCGCUCAAGAACCUGCGCGUCAUAUCCGCGACGGUGCGCGACCCCAAGAGCACCGACAAGACGGCGCCCAUUGGCGCCGCCGUCUUCGAGCUGCUCGUCACCCCCGAGCUCUGCAACACGCGCGGCACCAUCCACGGCGGCUGCGUCGCGACCCUCUUCGACAUGUGCACUUCGAUGGCGCUGAACGCCGCCACCCGCCCGGGCUUCUGGGACAAGGGCCACGUCAGCCGCAACCUCAACUGCUCCUACCUCAAGCCCAUCUUCGCCGGCCAGCGCAUGCGCAUCGAGUGCGAGGCCACCGCUCUGGGCAAGCGCAACGGCAUGACCCGCGGCGUCUUCAGGAGGUGGGUCGACGGCGCCGAGGAUGGCAUCGGCGGCGAGGUGUGCUAUACCUGCGAGCACGACAAGGUCAACGUGGGCAUUGAUGCCCCGAGGCUGUAAGAAUGACCGGUUAUGAUGGGCUUUGUACAACAUUUGCUUCUAUUUUGUUAUUACAUUAGCGGGAAAGGAUAGAGCGUGCCGGAGUCUGGCGCCUUUUGGAUUAUAUUUCACCAUCGGCAAUCGAAUACCAACCACAAUAACAACCAUUCUUCCGCGU